AUGUCGUUGGCACCUGAUACUCCAGAUGGAGAUGUAAUUAAGGAGGUGCAGAUGCGCAGUAACAUGUUCAACGUCUCAUCAAUGAGGCUAAGAAGCGUCCCCCACCCCCACAGUGUGACAUACUUCGUGUAUGGUUUCAUCAACACUGCCUCAACUGCGGCGAUUAGGUUUCAUCCGCGAACUGUUCUAUCGAAAACGCUGACUUCACCUGUCGUGGCCCGGGCAGCUGAGCAAAUCUCCCAUCGACGAUACCCUCCAUUCACGCAUUCCCAUGCUCAAGUCCUAACAUGCGAGUCCUUGUCCAUUUACCAGAGCACCCGCGAAGCUCGAGAAAACAACAAACGCCAAAUUGCUACACGAACUAUUGUGUCAGUUGACGAUUCUGGCUCGCAAUUGUCGGAUGCGAACUCCGAGAUUUGCUCUCAGCAUUCUCAAUCAGACAAUGCAACGGCGUCCGACCUGCCUGGUCCUGGACGCACAGUUGGAAAGCUGUUUGACCGGCUUGGCCACUCACUCGAAGCCCUGGUCUACAAAACAAGGGCUAAGUCAUCUACAUGCGAUAUUGCUCGUGAAAUGGACCCCGUUGCGUCGGAGGAUGAACUCCUGGACGAUGGAAGUUCCAUAGUGGGGUCUGAGGAAUCAUAUUUCAACUCAGACGCAGAGUCCGAUAUCUCUACUAGCUACCCAUACUCAGACAACCAAUCCGACGAGUCUAUUGUACUGUCCUCCAACAAUCGGUUUCGGCGUUCAAUUGAUACUGAUACCAGUCCUCACGAGUGUUGCCCAUCAGUGAUAGGAGCGCGUUGGUCCUCAGCAUCCACGGACUGUUCGGUUCCCUCGACUGACUCAUUCGCUCUUACAACGUGCUCCCUCUCGCGCUCGCUAUCCACAGAUGCGACACUUUCCAACUUGACAGGCCCUGGGCGAGUCCUCGGCCAAGCAUACUCCUUGUUAGGAGGCGGCAUAGAACAUGUGGUGAACACGCUUCUUGCCGGACGCUCGCCAGAUACCAUUGCUGCUCGUUUGCAUCCAGUGCUCAGGAAGUUAUUGCAUAGCAACUUCAUGCUGCGAUACAACGAUCUGGAAAAAGCGGAAGUAAAAGGAAUAGAAGGGGUUUUAGGUGUACAACGAGGGACGAGAGGUCUGGAUAAGAAGGAUAGUAGAAGAAAAAAGAGACGGAAAAAUGGUAACUUCACUUCGGCAACUCUAAAGCUGCACAUUGAGCAAAGCUGUGUCAGGAUGUUAGAACAUGCUUCCAAGUUCAGUACUAUCUCAUUCAUGCGCUUGCAUAAAGCAUUGCAUGAAAUGCAAAUUCGCGCACUUUUCAAUAUUCUCGAGCUAGCUGCAACAUACCCAAUUGCACGCGAGUGUUUUAUUUCACUUGGCGCACGAGAUCGAAUCGCUGCACUGCAGCAGGUCAUUGUGGACAUCAGUGUCAGAGCCAACGAGCGGGAUCGAUGGCGAGUGGCACAUUCACCAGAAGUAGAAGAUGCCGUGAAAACAUUAUCUAUUCUACGAUCACGUUGUAUGACUGUCUUACGGAAAGAUGACGUGUUUGAUUUGUGGAGAGCAUUCUUCCUUUCUGGCGAUGAAUACGAGAGCGACAAAAUCAUUCUUCGCUUGUUGUCUUAUUUCAGCAGCGACGAAGAGGCCUCAUUCCUUGUUGCUCGUAUAUUGACAUCUAUUUUACGGCAUCCCGUUCGACCUGAGCGACGCAUCUUAUCUGAAACGACGUGGUCUGAGAUUCUUCUUACCCUAUCACGGUUGCUGGUUCACGAGCACAAUCGCUAUGCCCACUCGGACUUGCGCGGAACCCAUUGGCCUCGAAUAGACCCGGAUGCCCUCGAUGCGCUCAUUCACGCAGCCCUUGAACGAGUCUCAAUCUACCUGGGUCAAUUCUCAUUAACAUUUGCGAGUGAUGAUAGUCCAUUGAUGACUGUUGUUUAUGCUCUGCGUAGGCAUGAGAACUCGCUAACGCGUUAUCCCAAUGCUGCAAACUUUGCAUCAUUGCUCAUUCCCGCGAGAAAUCGACAGCGAAUGAGGCGGGCCAUCCCGAAAGCGGUGGACGGAUUCAAGGAAGUUGAAGGAACAUGGCUUAAUGAGACCUCGUGGGUUUACUGUCCACCACGUCGAGUUGACCAGGGCUACUCGACUCAACCGUCACUGCACGACUGA